UAGCACCUGUGUCCUGUCGAAGUCGAAUCCAGUGAACUGUCAAGACGUUACAAUACUUUUGUUAGGAGAAUGUAGAAAGAAACAUUGAUUUUACACGUUUUAACGUUGUUUUUUAUGAAAUUAUUUACUUUGUUUAUGAAGAUUUAACUAGGAACCCGUCUUACUGUCAAAAUGGCAGAUACGGCUCAAAGCGGUAUAUCUAUCGCUGAGCUAAAGGCGGAGAUUGAAAGGUUGAGUAGAGAACUCGACCAAGCAAGUAGUGAGAAGAUCCAGUCGGCACAACUGGGGUUAGUUUUGCUCGAGGAAAAAAGUGCAUUGCAACAACGAUGCGACGAGUUAGAGAGCCUCUACGAGAACACAAGGCACGAGCUGGAGAUCACACAAGAGGCCUUGAUGAAACUUGACACAACACAAAAAGUGACUACGCAAAGUGGUAUAGAACAAGAAAAUGCCCUCCUCAAUGAGUCCGCUGCUAUGGAAAGCUCCCUCACUCUACAAAUUAUUGAACUGGAGGGUGAAUCUAAACAGCUACGUCACGAGCUAGAGCGCGUAAUCAGCGAAAGGGACAGGUUACUAGCGGAAAGUUCCGAGCUGGGCGCCGACAAGGCGACCCGGGAGUCCGAGCGGGCGGCACUCCGCGCGGAGCUGCGGGAGGCGAGGCAGCGGGAGCAGCGGCUGCUGUUGGACAUUGGCGACUUGGAGGAUGAGAAUAUAUCGCUGCAGAAACAAGUCUCCGCGUUGAGGUCUUCGCAGGUCGAAUUCGAAGGAUUGAAGCAUGAAGUCAGACAGUUGCGGGAAGAAGCGGAAAACGCGCGUGCAGCCGCUGAUGAAACAGCGGCGUUGCGGCGUAUCGCUGAACGGCAACUCACCGAAGCGCUUGAAGCGCUGCAAGCGGAGAGGGAAGCCAAGUUUGCCGCCAAAAAGGAGCUCGACGCACACCUCAGCAGAGAAGCCGCGUAUAACAUCACAAACUUGGCGUACAGUAUACGAGGUAUGCCCGAAGAAGGCAUAGAAGAUGAGGGCGAAGCGGGUGGGUCCGGCGGCGCGGACAUGGCGGUAGACCAUCACGCCGACCUCUUCUCGGAGGUCCACUUGCACGAGAUAUCGCGGCUCGAGAAACAACUCGAACAGGCACACAACGAAAAUUCGCAACUGUCCACGUCGCUCCGCAGCGCGCAGACGGCGGCGGAGAGCGAGAGCGCGGCGGCGACGGCGCUGCGCGCGGGCCUGCAGCGCGCCGCCUCGCGCGUCUCGGCGCUCAAGCACCUGCACGCCGAGUGCGGCCCGCUCGAGGAGGAGAAGCUGGAGAGCGGCGGCGUGAGCGCGCGCGCCGCCAAGUGGCUGACCUGGUGGCGCGUGUCGGGCGGCGAGGUGGGCGCGCUCGCGGACGCGCUCGGCGAGCUGCUCGCCGCGCCCGCGCCGGCCGGCUCGCCCGCCGCGCUGCAGCGGCAGGCGCUCGCCAGCCUCAGCGACCGCGCCGCCGACGCGGAGCUGCGCUGCGCCGCGCUGCAGGCCGACGCCGACCUGCUGCGCGCCAUCGCCGGCGGAGCGGGUCGUGCGCUGUCGUCCGCGGCGCCCGCGCUCACGUCCGCGGCGGAGACGCUCGCGCAGCUGUACCACCACGUGUGCGCCGUCAACGGCACGCAGCCCGAGCGACUGCUGCUCGAGCACGCGCAUCAAACAGACGGUGCAGGGGCGGAAGGUCGCGGCGUGGACGAGGAGGCGCUGGCGCUGGCGGCCGGCGAGCUGGAGGGGCUGCGCGCCGCCGCCAGCGUGGCGCGCUACGCCGACACGCUGCUCGACCAGCUCACGCACCUGCGCGCCGCGCUCGACACCGCGCUCGACUCGCGCCUGCGCCACCAGCCCGUGAUGGAGUCGGAGGAACGCGGCGCGGAGCUGGGCGAGCUGCAAGAGCAAGUGAUCAAGCUGAAGUCGCUGCUGUCGACCAAGAGGGAGCAGAUCGCGACGCUGCGCACCGUGCUCAAGUCGAACAAGAACACCGCGGAGGUGGCGCUCGCCAACCUCAAGUCCAAGUACGAGACGGAGAAGACGAUAGUCACCGAGACGAUGCUCAAGCUGCGGAACGAGCUGCGGCUGCUCAAGGAGGACGCCGCUACGUUCUCCAGCUUGCGCGCGAUGUUCGCGGCGCGGUGCGAGGAGUACGUGACGCAGGUGGACGAGCUGACGCAGGCGCUGGCCGGCGCGGAGGAGGAGAAGAAGACGCUCAACCAGCUGCUGCGCCUCGCCGUGCAGCAGAAGCUCUCGCUCACGCAGCGCCUCGAGGAGCUCGAGGUGGACCGCGAGAUGCGCACGCGGCGCGUGCCCAAGGCGGGCGGCGCGGCGCGCGCGCGGCCGCGCGACUUCUAGCGAAUCGUGCGCGCGCUCAAGGCCGCCGCCGCCGCUCUGCGCGCGCUGCUGCACCACUAGCCGCGCCCCCGCG